AUGGCAGCUCAAGAUCUGCUUUGUGCAGAUCUACGAAGAAGGAUCGGAUCAGGAUAUAAUACUCGAGAAUGGUCAGACUCGUGGAUUCCAGUAACCCCACCGCGGCCUCCUAAGGAUAACGUCAGCUACAGAGAUCAUGACAUGUUUGUCAACCAGCUGAUUGAUCAAUCUUCGAAGACCUGGAAGGUGGAGGUUCUCCAGUCUCUGUUUGAUCCGGGUGAUAUCCCGUUGAUACGGAGUUUACGCCUCAGCCAUAAUUUCAGCGAUGAUGGAUUUUGCUGGAUUUUUACGAAAUCAGGAGCCUAUACAGUUAAAUCAGGGUACAAACUUGCAAGUCAACUAAAAGAAGAGAAGGUGGAGGUACAAACCUAG